AUGUGUGGCGGCGCGAUCAUCUCCGACUUCAUCCCGGAGCGCGACCACCGCGGCGGGAGCAAGCGGAGCCUCUGCACCGCCGACUUCUGGCCAAAUGCGGCCGGCGCCGGCGCCGCGUUCGACGACCCUACCGGCCACCACGACUUCUACCCAGCCGACCUGACCGGCGCCGGCGCCUUCACGCCUGAGCACCAAGGUGCAGCGGAGGAGGAGCCGAGCAGGAAGCGGGAGCGCAAGACGAUGUACCGCGGCAUCCGGCGGCGGCCGUGGGGCAAGUGGGCGGCGGAGAUCCGCGACCCGGCCAAGGGGGCGCGCGUCUGGCUCGGCACCUUCGCCACCCCCGAGGGCGCCGCGCGCGCCUACGACCGCGCCGCCCGCCGCAUCCGCGGGACCAAGGCCAAGGUCAACUUCCCCAACGAGGACCCGCCCCUCGACCUCGACGACUACGACGUCGCCAACGUGGCCGGCUUCAUCCACCAGCCGUCGUACAUGGCGCCAGAGGUGGCGUACGCGCACCAGCUGCCGCAGCAGGACGAGCCCGGGAUGGAGCUCUGGAACUUUGGCAACAUCAACGCUCAAGUGCCUAUGUGA